GUCCCGCUUCGGCAAAAUGUCGCUGUUGCUGAUUGUCAAGCUAUUUUCUCGUCGAAAUGUGCCGUUCUGGCGCCUACUAUGUAUGAAACGUUGUGCUUUGGCGUGUGCGUUCUAUUUUAUUUUAGAAAAGACUUGACGGCUGAUCAAAAAAGCUCCAUGAUCUAAUAAUUGACUUUACUGUAUGUACUGUCGCUUCGGUUUUUCGUCAACAACAAGUACACAUUAAAGCGAAAUCUCAAUGUAGUCAUCGAAAUAUCUUUGUUUGACGGAGCAAAACUGCGGGUGCGACCUUAAGCCCUUGUUUUACGCAUAGACGGUAAUAUGGAGAGUGAACAGAGUUUCAGUGGAGAGAGCAGCAGUUCAUCAGAAACGUCUAGUGGGAGCUCAGACGGUGAAGAUGAGGUAAUGGAACCAGUUCGAAUUUUGGGACAAUCUUUUGAACUUCCUCAAGAACUUUGUGAAGAUUUUUCUGUUUUUAAAGAAUUUUUCUCAAUGAAAACUUGGGAAUCAUUGGAAGACAAACAUAAGGAGCAAUUGAUAAAGUAUCUACCCAAGUUUACAGAGAAUGAAGAAGAGGAAAGGGAUAAAACAAUCAAGAUGUUAUUUAACCAUGAGCCUUUUCAUUUCACAUCACCUUUAAACAAUUUUUAUAGUAAUUUAAGACAAGGAAAUUAUCGACCUGACAUAGCUAAGAUGAGAAAGUUUCUCAUGAAAGCUAGAGCAAAACAGCAAAGACAUAAGAUUAAAUCAUAUUAUUCUAGACUAUUGCCUGAAGUGCUUAUAUCUCGUGAAAGAUUAUUAGCUGCAGCCAAAGCAGCACCCCCAGGACCCGCACCUCGCUUACCACUUAUGCCUCCUAAACCUUCAGCCAAGAACAACUAUAAACCUUUAUACCUACGUGCUAAACAAAGAUACUUCGAGGAGCUGGCAGCAAUACAAAGUGAAGUUGGUGGUGAAAAAUCAGAAGAUGAAAACUAUCCUGAGGGUCCACCAGAGCAAACUUCAAGGAAACGAAAGCAAAUGAACAUUGGAGUUACUGCAGAUGGUAAUGUGUCGGGAACGUUAGGGGGAUCAGAUACAUCGCACCCAACUUCAAUGGAUUGCUUGAAAAAUAUAUUAGCUGCUCAUAGACAACGGAGACAAUAUAGAGAAAAUCAUCCAGAGCUAAACACAACAGGGCUAACACUUGAUGAUAUAAAGCAAAGAGUUGCUAUUGUCAAUGGCAGUAGUAAGAAACUAAUGUUUGGAGGGCAAAAAUCUGAUAACACAAGCCAAAAGUUAAAAAGAGGUCCUAAAAAAGAAACAUCACAGAAAAUCAAAGCACAUGAAGCUAAGACAAAUGCUAAGAAGAUAGAAGAUGAGAGUGUGGAUAUAAAACCUUUAUUGCCUAAUAUCAAAAUUAAAUGUGAACAAGAAGAGUCAGACUCAGAAAGUUCAUCAUUCGUAGACCCUGUGGCAAGUCCAAAACAUUCCAAAAAAUCUACAGAUCAUGUUGAAAUCAAACAAGAAUCUGAUAUGAAGUAUUCAUCAUCAAACGUUAAAUUUAAUGAUGCUAAAUUAGAAAAUGCUAUAAAACAAGAGCCUCCAGAUAUUUCGCAUGCCAAUCAGAAUUCUGCAAGAUUAGUUCAACCAGUCCCAAUUAAGUUAGAAGAUUUGGAUGGAAUUGAUAUGAUGGCGUUACCUGUGGAAUUAGCUGAUGACUCUGGGGAGGUGAUCCCUGUGGAUACAUCAGGAGAAGGAGAGGAUCACAUAGCAGACGCGGAUGAAUCACUGACAGAGACAACACACGCUAACUUCUUGUCUUUGGUCCGGGCACUAUUUCCAGCCAGGGCGGCGCAUAGGGCUUCUAAGCAACAGUUACAUUCGAGAUGUACUGCUGUGAUGAAAUCUCCUAUAGCGCCACUCAAUACUUGGUACAACUUAUCCGAUGAUUGGUGUUCUGAACUGGAUUCUGCUUUGGAUUUCCUUGCUGGAGAAAGAGGACCACACCCUGAUGACUUUGUGCCAUAUUUGCAGUUUUUGCCAGAGACACAAAUGUACCAGUGGAUAGGCGCGGGUCGUGAUUGCGACUCUAUACUGGGCCGCUUAUGCGACCGCUGGCUCCGUUCCGUCUCGCCUAGCCCGCCCUCCAACGAUCCCCCACCCCCCAGGUAUCCUACUUCAUGGGUAAUGAAGGCACCAACGCCUGCAGAAAUAACGGAUUUUAGAGCCCAAGAAAGGCGUCGAUUCUCUACAGCUGCGAAACCUUUUACUUAUAUCCAACACGGGUACUGCUCCGUGGUCGGUCCGUGUGCUCGCUCGUCGAUAUCUUGCGGCACUCAGGGUUCCUUACUGGUGUCUGAUCGGCCGCGACACGCUAGCUUCAUAUCUCUCGUCAGAGACGCCGUCGCCAGACUACCUAAUGGUGAAGGGACACGACAUGAUAUCCUCACGUUGCUCAGAAUGUCACAGUGGAUUGGAACUUGUAAUGAUCAAGCGUUGCUGGGUGCUCUCUCUUCUGCGUUGGAUCGUUUACAGACUGCAAAACGGGAUCCCGUCGUCAAAUACGACCAGAGAACUGCUGUCUGGACUUACUUACAUAGAAAUCGGUCUGAAGAUGACUGGACAAAGACUACGGGACGUGCACGCGGAAGUAAAACGAGUGCACCCGCGCGUUCCUCUCGUGAUAUUCCUGCUAUGCCUCCCGCUGUCGAGUUGGAAGUAGGUAGCGUAGAAGAAGUGGUUGAAAACGCUUCAGACAGCGACGUGGAUAUCGAAGACACAUCGGCAUCAUCUUCCUUGUCCCAUUUGUCGUCCGCCCAACUCCUCAUGCAAGCGACACAAGCGAUAAUAGCGAAACAGCCUAUCCCCGUUAAACCCAAAGGAAAACUAAUAGCGACACCAACACAGAAAACCAAAGCAAAUGUGCAAAUAAAACAGACCAAAGCAAACUUGAUGACACAGUCGGUGAAACAAGCUAACCUACUCAGUCAAGCAGCGAAACAGGCUACAUUGAUGUCACAAGCAGCGAAGCAAGCUAACCUGCUCAAUCAAGCGAAAGCUAAUAUGUUAGCAAAACAGACCGUCCAAGCUAAACAGAAUACAGUGACUCCUACUAAACCACCUGCGUUGCCUCAACCGAAGCAAAUCAGCAUAGUCCCUCCUAAAUCCGCUGCGGCUCCCAAACAAAAUGUUCCCAAGACCAAUGUUGUUACGAAACAAGUGAAUGUGAAACCUGUUCAAUCACCAAAAACGAAUAUUAUUCAAGCUAAACAAACUCCUACUCACCCGGUGAAACCGGCUCAACCGAAAGUUAGUGUUACUCAAACUCCGCUCACUGCUCCGGCAGCUGUGAUUCAAGUAUCCAAAUCUCUGCCCACUGUAGUUGCUCAACCACAUAAAUCGCCAUUAAUUAAGCAAAGGCCGUUGCAAAGGGUGGAGCCACCGGCAAUUACGAAUGCAUCUGCUGCUAUCACGCUAUCUCAACCAACUACUGUCUCUGUGUUACAACCCACUUUCACAAUAUCAACGCCACAGAAUCAAACUAAGUCGGUGCAAGGUACACGAUCUUUGUUAAUACGACCGCCAGCUAUACAAACUACUGUUACCGCCAUUAGUACCAAUCCAACGCAGACUGUUCCCACGUCUCGUCGUGGUGUUGUUAGAGUGUUAAGUCCGGCUACUCCGUCUUCUGGAAAGUCGUUAAUAUCCCCAAGAGCUCUUAUGCAGACAGGUACCACAGCGACAUUAGGUAAGAAACGACCAUCGAUACCAAGUACAACAUCAGUCACGACUAUUGCCCAGAAUGUAACAAGCGCAACUACGGUGGUCAGUAGCGUGCCUACUGUGGUAACUUCCUCUGUUGCCACACGUACUGUUCAAUUAGCUGGAGGGCGAACAGUACAGUUGGCUGCAAAUCAGACUGUUCACUUACCCGGCGGACAAGCCGUCCAAUUGACUGCCGGACAUACUCUCCAACUAUCGUCUUUACAGUUACCCACGCACAGUAUACGUUUACCGAGCGGACAAACCGUACAAUUAGCAUCCCCUCAAACGGUACAAGCAGUGAGAGCGGUAUCCUCCGCUGCAAUAAAAAAUCCCAGCCCGAGAACUAUACAAUCGUCACCAGUUAUCAAAACGGCGACUUCUCAAACGACGGUUCCAAUACCGGUUUCUACAGUCCAACUUUCCGGACAAACUGUCCAAAUAGCCGGUCAGACUGUACAAUUGGCCGGACAGAGCGUGCAAUUAACUGGACACACCGUGAAGUUACCGAGUGGACAGAGUGUUCAAGUGGCCAGUCAAAGUGUUUUACCAUCGCAGAGUAUACAAUUACCUACCGGACAAACGGUACAGAUCGCUAGUGGUAACGUACAGACUGUACAGUUGGGGUCCGGUGUUCAAUUACCUAGUAGUCCUGGAGUACAGAAUGUACAGAUGCCAAGUGGACAGAGUGUACAGUUGGGGUCUCAAACUGUUCAAUUAGCCGGACAGACGGUGCAAUUAGCGGGUGGACAAACCGUACAGUUGCCUAGUGGGCAAACAUUGCAGUUGUCCAGUGGGCAAACCGUACAGUUGUCCAGUGGGCAAACACUACAGUUGGCCAGUGGGCAAACUGUUCAAUUAGCGAAUCCUGCCGCUAAGCCAGUUACUCAAGUGGUGCGAACUCAAGCUACUACCGAGAAAGGUGCGCAACCGAUCGUUGCGAAAUUAUUAACUAAUGCUCAAGGUCAAAUGAUUUCAUUAGAGGGAGUAGUGGGCGCUCGCUCCAUACAACAGUUGCAAGCGGCAGGAGUGAGACCAGUAAGAGUAUUAGCUCCUGCCCGCCCUCUGCUGUUGACUGCCGCUAAACCGCUCCAUAACAUCAUACUGCAGCAAGGUGAUGGAAAUCCGAUUCGCGUGACGUCCAGUGGCGGCGUUACACCAACGCAGACUAUCGUCUUGAAUAAUAUUGGAGCUCAAGCCGUUACUACAUCGACUUCAUCGACGCCUGCCUUAAAAUUACAACAGGUGAAUGCAAUACAACAGGUCAAACUCGGACAAGGAAUUAGAAUUCAGCAGGCGACUCCUUCGAGCGGUGCGACCGUUGCGACAUCUAGCGGCGUCCGUAGUGUACUGAUGGACGGUCAGCAACUGAAGCUAGUAGGCGGUAGGCACGUGCUAGCCCGCAUUCUCCGUCCCGCUCACCCACCGCCCUAGAUUCAUCUCUAAUAAUUACUUAAGUGAAUAAGUUUGUUCGGUAAGUCGAAUCACCAACUUUGAUGUUGUUAUUGCCAGUGUUGUUGAGUUGCUCGUGAUGAACGGUAUUGCUUUGGAUUAAAAACCGU